GUGGUUUUGUUUGUAAGCAGGGAAAAUUGUAGGAGAAAAAAAUCAAAGCCAGAUCUAUCACUUCUCUCUCUGUCUGUCUCUCAAAACUAAAAUGAAAAGGCCAAGAAGAGAAACCACCUAAUAUUUGUUGUCCAAUCAAGUUGUGACAUGUGAGACACCCACCACCAUUUCUUCGUCUUCCUUCCUGCAUUCUAUCCAGCUCAACAUCAACAACUAAUCCAACAAACCCAGGCACGCCAUUAUUGCCUUGGCAGCCCGAAACCCAAUACACAAAUAUUAAUCACCCAACAAAAUCAUAAAACCUUUUUUUUGUCGUAAUAUUUUCACAUGGAGCACAACCAACAGUCUUCUUUUUCAUCUUCAUCAUCAUCGCCAACAUCGUCCAAGACCGAGGCUUUGGAUACUCCGCUCCAGAUCACUGGCUUCCAGAUUGAAGAAUUAUCAGCUCACAGAAUCAGCGGCCGCCUCCAUGUUACCGAAAAGUGCUGUCAGCCAUUCAAGGUGUUACAUGGUGGAGUAUCGGCACUGAUAUCAGAGGCUCUGGCGAGCAUCGGAGCUCACAUGGCCUCUGGUUAUCAAAGGGUUGCUGGAAUUCACCUUAGCAUCAACCAUUUGAAGAGCGCCAAGUUGGGUGAUCUUGUCCUUGCUGAAGCUUCCCCCAUCACUGUUGGCAAAACCAUUCAGGUUUGGGAGGUACGACUAUGGAAGACUGAUCCCUCAAACUCCAACAGCAAAUCUUUGGUAUCAUCAUCCAGAGUUACCCUGGUAUGCAACAUGCCAGUGCCAGACUAUGCGAAAGAUGCUGGUGAAGUUCUCAAGAAGUAUGCGUCAAAACUAUGAGUCUCCAACUUAGGACCAUAAUUGUAAGGUUUUCAAAUCUCCUUAUACAGGAAUAUCUUUUUUUGUAACAAAAACUUUGAGCAACUCUGGUGGUGUCUCAUAAACAUGUUCACUGUCAGUUACCGAUAUUCUUACUCAAUCCCAAUCCCAUCAUAUCUAAGCUUAAAUAAUCAGAUACAUUUUA